AUGUUAACUACACCUGCAGCAACGACGUAACAAAACCUAAAGAAGAAGAAUGAUUGUGGUACGCACAGGAUAUAACUCUACGAAUAUCAAAGGCGAAGUCUUAGUCAUGAAAUGCAUUUAAAUGAAGCAAUAUUGUUUGGUGGAACAUUGUUAUCACCUUCGGCGAGGAUCGCGAGGACUCAAGGUAGAAAAAGUGAGAAAAUUUCAAGCCUCGCCGACGAAUGAAUAAAACACUAAGCUGUUGAUCAGCUGUAAGUUUAUGUGGCUCUGACAAAAGGCGCGGGUACAAAUGUCACUUUCGAUGUUAAAAUCGCAUCUAAGGUUUAUCUGCCUCAUUUAUCUCGUUAGUCGAUAACUAGCUAGGUGUUUGGGUCUCUUUGAGGGCGCAACACCACUCCACGGUGCCGAAAUGAGUUGCAGCUGGCCAUGACAUCUUCAGUGUGAGUUUGUAAAAGCUUAGGUGGUUUAACUGUAUAAUGGGCUGUUCUUCAUCAUUGCACAACAAAGAGCUUGUUUCCAAAGUCAAUAUUUCGAAUAACCUCAGCGAUGCUCAAAAGAUUGCCAUACAGAUGACGUGGAAAACAGUCGAAGAAAAUCGAACGAAGAUUGGAAAACAAACAUGGAUAAGGGUUUUCGAAUUAAAUCCUCAAAUUAAGAAGAUGAUGCCAGAGUUUAAUACAAAUGAUCCAGUGGAAGAGCUAAAAUCGGCACGAGCUUUAUUUGGACACAGUAAAACCUACAUGAAAUGUCUUGAAAAUGCUGUCACAUCCAUGGACGAUAAUGAACGCUUUGUCACUUAUCUUGUUGAACUCGGGAGAAGACAUCAGGUUCGGCCCCUCAAAGCCCAUUACUUGGAUUUGAUACAUGAGGCCCUCAUGUUUUCUUUAAAAGAAAUUUUCCAGUCAGAAUGGACAUCUGAAACUUUUGAAGCCUGGGACGCUUUAUCUAAAUUCAUGUUCAAGGCGAUGCUUACAGGCCUGAAUGAUACAUAACUGCUUUUAUGCUUACAAAUUUUCCACUCAAAAAAAUGCGUUCUUCCUUGAUAUAUUAUUGGAUCCCACUAUAAUCAGAGUGUUUUUUUAUUAUUUAUUUUCUCCGACAAUUCGCUGGUAUCCAUUUAUACUCUUGGGGGUGGGGAGAGAUACUGUGUAGCAGACGUAAGCUGCCUAAUAACAAAUCCCAAGGAUGCCGCCCUGGGUUCGAGUCAGGACACUCAAUCAUGGUUCCAACGAGCUUGGAUACCACUCAUGAUUUAUCACCUGGGGAGGGGUUGGAGUUUAGAGGGAUCAAAUAAAUUUUAUUGUGACACGGUUAAAACCCCCCAAACUCUACCCUCUUCAGGCGAUAUAUAGCGAAUGCUCCAAAAACACGAUAAAGACGACAAAGUCAACUGGCGAGCUUUCUUCUUGCAGUACUGCAUUAUUAUGAAAUGAAAGGCAGCUUAUUGAAUACACGAAACAGAAUGUCUAUCACUGGAUAAGCUUUGUCGAAAAUUAAAUUACAAAUGAACGCUACGAUAAUUUUAUAGUUAAAUUUGUUCCUGUGUUUUUGAGAAAUCACAAUUUCGAUGGUAGACUCAACGAAAGCUAAAGUCGAUACACCGCUGUCUUCUUCAUCAUUCGUCCGAUAUGUGAUCAAGGGAAUAUCGGAAUUAUCACCCUCAGAAGGAAAUAAUCAGUUCAUCAAGUGACGUCUAGUUAAUGAAUUUGAAUACAUGCAGCUGUAUAAAAUAACUUGUCCCUUACCGGACUAAGUCUUAAGUUAAGUUAGUAAAUAUUGCUUGAUAAGUUUUUCUUUCAGAUUGGUACAGAGCGGUAUGAAAUGUCCAAGUAGUGAUAGUUUUUCAAUGAGAAACGAGAGUUCCUAGCAGAAUUCGCGGGUGUAGAUCACUCUAUUUUUCCUUAAAUGAGGGCCAACAUUUCGCACUCUCGUAAGGGGAAGCUGUUAUUGUUCACAUAUUUCCUAAGGCAAGAAAAAUUUGGCGGGUUCGCUCUCAUAAAAGCAUUGGUUCAUUAAACUUUUCAUUGUUUAUUAAAAAAAAAAAUGCUAUCAAAGACAUUAUUUCAAAGCCCAUGAGCGUUUGGCACUUUUAGUCCGUAGAAAAUUGUUAUUUACAUUUCGUUCUUGCACUAGUGUAUAAUACAGUACAGAAAUAUGUCAUCUACAAAUACUUUUGUUAUUAUAAUGAAUUAUUUUACUCAUAUUUGAUUAUGAUAAGAUUCUGAACAACCAUGAUUAAAUAUUUGCUAACGUUAUGUCAUAAAAUUAUUUAGGCCUGACUUGAAGCCAAUAUCCGGCAUCCAAAGACGAUUGCUCGAAUAACACCGGUCGGCCAGCCAAAAGCGCGAAGAAAUAAGUGGAAGCCAACGUGUUUUGGCGGGAAACACAAAGCACAAAAUAAAGCAUUGUAGCUCGU